AGGUCAAGCUCUUCCCCUUUCCCCCUGUUUCAUUUUUCACUUGAAACUAAACUUGCUUAAAAACUUUUUUUUUUUGCUUUUAAAGAAAACUUUUGUUCUUUUUUUAAAAGAAAACCCUUAAUGCCUUGGAGUAUCUCUCAACUCCUUCACCUUCUUCCCUGCCUUAACAGCCCAAAAUCUGACGACAAAUGAAGCCCUCCCCAUAGCGCAAGUACGACGGUGGAGAAGGGCAACGUCGGGCGUGGGUGUGAACGUGGAGCGGAGCACACGGGGGUCGUGCGUGGAGGUGCUGGUUUGCGUGCGUGGAAGCUGUCACGAUGGCAGCAGUGGCGCAAAGGACCCUUCCCCUAGGGUUUCCUGGAAACUGUUAAGAAGAUUAGCUACCGGGCCUGCUUUGAUUUUGGGUUAGGGGUCUAUUUUAUUGGGCUUGUUUACUGAAAUCGGGCCAGUUUUAUUUUGGGUUUAUUUGUAAAUGGACUUAUUUGAUGAUUUGUUUUAAUUUUAGUUUUUUGUAUGUGUAGCCCGGGUCAAAAUUAGGUCUUACAGAUACCAUAUUGAAUUGUGGCAAAAUUUUUAAAAUUUUCUUGAUUUUGUUUCAAGUAAACAAGUGUGUAAUUAACAACCAUUAAUCAUUACUGAUGAAAUAGGUAAUGUUUUAGGAUUAAAUUUCUUAUUAUAUUAAUAAAAAAUUUGAGAGGGACUAAUUUAAUUAAUAUAAAAAUGGAGUGGGAUUAAAAAAAGUGUUUUUACCCAAUCAUUGCAAUGGUGGCGGCUGAGAAUAUCUCUCACGGUUGAUUUUUGUUGUCGUGUUGCUCAAGUUUUUCAAAAUCGAUAUUUGUGUUCACUGUACGUUAAAACAUGUGUACGAUGAAAAAGAAAAACUUGUCAGCAUCAAUGGUGAUUCAAGUGAUUUUAACUCUGUCAAAGCCGUGUUUGACGAAAUGUCUGAAAGAAGAUAAUAAAAAGCCAUCUUCUUUACCAUUCUUUUGAAGCAACUCAUCAUGGCCUCUUCAGUUGGUUUUGCACACCCCACUUCUUCUUUGAUCAUUAACAAGAAAGAUAAAUGCCUCUCAGUCGUCCCUUCAACUUCACAACUCUCCAUUUACAAAUGCAAGAAACCCAUUUCCAACAACAUUUCGAUGGCAAUGGCGACGCGACAAUCAGAGAGAAAACCAGCCACCACUGGCUCAAUGAAGAGUCCAAUGACGAUGACAGAGAAGCUACUUGCAAAAGGGGCGGAGAAAGCAGAGGUGAAAGCAGGCGACAACGUUUGGGUGAAUGUUGAUGUUUUCAUGACUAAUGAUAUAAGUGGUCCUGGUUCCAUUGGUAUCUUUCAGAAAGAAUUUGGUGAAAAUGCUAAGGUUUGGGAUCGUGAAAAGGUGGUGGUUAUACCAGACCACUAUAUAUUCACAAGUGAUGAACGUGCCAAUCGUAAUGUGGAUAUUUUGAGGGAGUUUUCUUUGGACCAAAAUAUAAAGUACUUUUAUGAUAUUACUGAUCUUAGUAAUUUUAAGGCUAAUCCUGACUACAAAGGUGUAUGCCAUAUUGCACUUGCUCAAGAAGGUCAUUGCAGGCCUGGAGAGAUUUUGUUAGGGACAGAUUCUCACACCUGUACUGCUGGAGCAUUUGGUCAGUUUGCUACAGGCAUUGGAAAUACAGAAGCUGGUUUUGUAUUAGGCACCGGGGCACUUCUGCUCAAGGUGCCACAAACUUUGAGAUUUGUGAUGGAUGGUGAAAUGCCUGAUUAUUUGCUUGCUAAGGAUUUGAUUUUGCAGAUCAUAGGUGAAAUAUCAGUAGCUGGUGCUACGUAUAAAUCCAUGGAGUUUGUUGGCACAACGAUUGAGAGUUUAAAUAUGGAAGAACGGAUGACAUUAUGUAAUAUGGUUAUUGAGGCUGGUGGAAAGAACGGUGUUGUUGCUGCAGACAGUACUACAUUUAAGUACCUUGAGGAUAAAACAUCUCUGCCUUAUGAACCAGUUUACAGUGAUGCACUAGCAAGUUUUCAUUCCGAGUUUAGAUUUGACAUCUCAAAAUUGGAGCCCUUAGUAGCUAAGCCACAUUCUCCAGAUAAUCGUGCUUUGGCAAGAGAAUGCAAAGAUAUCAAAAUUGACAGGGUUUAUAUUGGAUCAUGUACUGGUGGCAAAACACAAGAUUUUCUUGCUGCUGCCAAGCUCUUCUUAGCUUCUGGAAAAAAGGUGAAAGUCCCCACAUUCCUUGUCCCUGCUACACAAAAGGUAUGGGUGGAUAUAUAUACUCUCAUUGUACCAGGAUCUGGUGGCAAGACUUGCUCUCAAAUAUUUGAAGAAGCUGGUUGUGACACACCAGCAAGCCCUAGUUGUGCUGCUUGUAUGGGUGGCCCUAAGGACACAUAUGCUCGCAUGAACGAAGCUCAGGUUUGUGUGUCAACAACAAAUAGAAACUUUCCUGGUCGGAUGGGGCAUAAGGAAGGGCAGAUAUAUCUUGCUUCCCCAUACACUGCCACUGCUUCAGCUUUGACUGGUUAUAUCACUGAUCCAAGAGAGUUUUUGCAUUAGACAACAUGAUCUUAUCACAUUUUGUGUGUAAUUUAAAUUACUUUUACAUAUACAUCCAACUUGGAUUCAGUGUGAUGAGAUUUAGAUACAGGUAUGUUUUUUUUAUAGAGAGAUGUAAGUUUAUUUUUAAUGAAAUUACUUUUUUUAUCUCCUAAUUAAAA